CAGACCCAGCCGUCAGCUGCGGAGGACAUCGGUCUCCCUUUGCAGUCCUGGUUUUCGAACAACGACCGAUAAAAAAAAGCGACGGUUCCUCUGCGACACGACGGGAGAUGGAUAACAGUAAACGGACGGUGGUCGUUACAGGUUUUGGGCCAUUUGGAGAGCACACGGUCAAUGCUAGCUGGGUAGCAGUACAGGAGCUGAAGAAGCUCGGGCUGGGCAGUGAAGUGGACUUACAAGUAUACGAGGUUCCUGUAGAGUAUCAGACAGUCCAGAGUUUGGUUCCUUCGUUAUGGAAACAGUAUCAUCCACUGCUGGUCGUUCAUGUUGGAGUCUCAGGUAUGGCCACCACCGUCACACUGGAGAAAUGUGGCAGAAAUCACGGCUACAAAGGCCUGGACAACAGCAGCUUCUGCCCUGACUCGCAGUGUUGCAUUGUGGGAGGCCCGGACUGUAUCGACUCGGUUAUUGACAUGGAAUCCGUCGCUAAGAGGGUGACCGCCUCAGGCCUGGGAGUGGCUGUGUCAGUGUCCAAAGACGCUGGAAGGUAUCUGUGUGACUUCACCUACUACACGUCCCUGUACCUGAGCCACGGCCGCUCUGCCUUCAUCCACGUGCCUCCUCUGGGAAAGCCUUACAGCGGGGAAGACCUGGGCCGAGCCCUGCAGGCCAUCGUCCAGGAGAUGCUGGAGCUUCUGGACCAGGCCCAAGAGAAGAUCAACUGCCAGCAGCACUUCCACUAAGUGACCCCCAUGCCAAGCAGCCUCUCCAGCCCUCACCACACAAACAGACAAAUUGCACUUAACCACAAGUAGCCAAACCCUUUGUGUUUAAUCCUUACUGGUUUCUUUACCUCUCUGUGAUGUAAAGGACGUUCUCAGUACCCGUUCCUCGUUAUUUUAAGUGUGUUUGCUUCUUGUUUUGCUCGGCCUGAUUCGGUCAUGUUCAUGGUCAGAAAAAUAGGAGCUCCUGGUCAAGUGUAUCAUUACAUUUUUGUUCCACAUUUAAGGAACAUAAGAUUUAUGUGUCACUUGAUAAGAAAACACAGUUAAAUGUUGCUGUUUGUUUACAGCACAGGUCUGUCAUGUCACAGAUGCUGCAACAUAGAACCUAAAAUGUGACUCCUAUUAUUGCACCUUAUAGAGUUAGGGUUAUUAAAAUGUUUAUAGCGGUCACAUUGAGGGAAGCAGCGCAUUUGCUUUACAUUAUUUGACUUUUAUCAGCUUCAUCUUCAGUCUUUCUAAUGAUUUCAUGUUUUAACCCCUUUUUUAAGCGAUCGCAGUGUUCAUGUCUAAUUGAUUAACAUACUCAUUCAUACAUACAUACAUUGCUCUUUGCCCCAAGUGGAGGAGUUUAAGUAUCUUGAGGUCUUGUUCAUGAGUGAGGGAAGGACGGAGCGUGAGAUUGACAGACGGAUCGGUG